AUGACUGCUGACGACUCUGAAAAGGUGAAAGUCGCUGUACGUGUUCGUCCAUUCAAUAAGCGAGAAUUGGAUUUGAAUACGAAAGCUGUUGUGCGAAUGUGCAACGGACAGACGAUAUUAAAUCACGUCUCUGAUGAUAAACAACCGAAAACCUUCGCCUUCGAUCACUCUUUCUACUCCACCGACGUCAAUGAUCCAAACUUUGCAAGUCAAGAAGAAGUGUUCAACAGCCUUGGAUCAGGUGUUCUGGAAAAUGCGUUCGCCGGUUAUAAUGCGUGUAUUUUCGCUUACGGGCAGACAGGUUCCGGUAAAUCGUAUUCAAUGAUGGGCACUUCUGAGCAGCCUGGAAUUAUACCACGUCUGUGCAAUGAGGUAUUCAGAAGAAUCAGAGAAACCACUUGCGAGAGUCUUCAGUACAAAGUGGAAGUUUCCUACAUGGAAAUUUAUAACGAACGUGUACGAGAUCUUUUGGAUCCGAAAAAGUCAAACAAACAUCAUCUGAAAGUGCGAGAGCAUAAGAUUCUUGGUCCGCUUGUCGACGGCUUAUCCGUACUGGCUGUGAAUUCAUUCGAGCAAAUCGCGUCGCUAAUCGAAGAAGGAAAUAAGUCGAGAACUGUGGCGGCAACAAAUAUGAACGCCGAGAGUUCCCGUUCUCACGCCGUGUUUAACAUAACGCUCACACAAAUCCUGAAGGACAUCGACAAGGAUUUUACUGGAGAAAAAGUGGCCAAAAUUUCCCUGGUCGAUUUGGCUGGCAGUGAACGGGCUGGUAAAACUGGUGCUAUGGGUAAACGCCUUGAAGAAGGUGGUAACAUCAACAAAUCGCUCACCACUCUCGGAAUGGUCAUUUCCGCUCUGGCGGAGCGCUCAAAUGGGAAAAAAGAGAAAUUCAUUCCAUAUCGUGAUUCAGUGCUUACUUGGCUACUAAAAGAUAAUCUUGGUGGCAAUUCACGUACGGUAAUGAUAGCAACGAUCUCGCCGGCUGCUGACAACUACGAAGAAACUUUAUCCACUCUACGUUACGCCGAUCGUGCCAAGAGAAUCGUUAACCAUGCCGUUGUCAACGAGGAUCCUAACGCUCGAGUUAUUCGUGAAUUACGAGAGGAAGUCGAGACUCUUCGAAUGCAGAUUAGCCAGACUUUGAAAGAACAUUCGGAGACAGCGGAACUGCGAGAACGUCUGGCUGAAAGCGAGAGGCUUGUUGCACAAAUGAACAAGUCAUGGGAAGAACGAUUGAGGGAAACUGACACUCUCAAUAAAGAACGUCAACGUGAUCUCGCAGAAAUUGGAAUCUCCAUAGAAUCAAGUGGAAUAAAGGUGGAAAAGGAUCGCUUUUACCUCGUGAAUCUUAACGCAGAUCCUUCGCUUAAUGAACUGCUAGUUUAUUACAUCAACUCAUCAGCUAUCAUAGGCAACUUGGACGAUAUCGAAACCAGUCUCGACUCUGGACUCGGAAACUCGGUGGAGGAUCUUGAUAAGAAAGAUGCGACUGAGCGAACUAGUAUCGUACUUCGAGGUUUGGGAGUUAUGCGGCGACAUGCAAGACUGAGUGUCGUCGAGGAAAGAGGACGAUCUAGACUCUACAUUGAACCGCUGUCCACCGAAGGAAGAGUUUGUGUGAACGGGCGCGAAAUCUCGGAUCGAACACCGUUGAGACACGGCAAUCGACUGCUGAUUGGCAUGAACCAUUUCUUCCGAGUGAAUUGUCCAAAGGAUGUCGACAUGUCCCAGUCUGUAAUGGAUGAGAGUGUUCUAUUCGACUACAACGACGCUUGGCAUGAGGUGAAUGGAGAUGGAUCAGGUAAUCCGAUCUCGACAGCUGUCGAUCAGUACAUGGAACAGGUCACCUUGAAACACCAGGUCAGUUCUAAGUGUGAAUUCCACUUGAUGGCCUCCUUUAUGUCAAAUUUCGUUCAGGAAGACAAGCAGGCAGCUCUCGAACGUCAAUAUGAAGCCUUCGAGCGCUACAUUCAAAACCUGACGGCGGGCGGCUUCACUCCAUCGACACCAAUGACUCCUGGAUACGGUUUUGGAACGCCGCUUGGCACACCUGGAUCAGCAUUACCACCGUUCCCAUUCCCUGCUAAUCCCAAGCAAAUGGUCCGCAGCAAAUUCUUCUACUGGGCCCAGCGAAAGGAGGAAAUGUUUGCUGAAUCGUUGAAACGCCUGAAGAGUGACGUGAUUCGCGCCAAUGCUCUCACUCGUGAGGCGAACAUGAUCAGUCGUGAGCUUGGCAACAGUCGUCGUCAAACCACGUACGAUGUCACUCUUCAAAUACCAGCAGCAAACCUAAGGCCAAGCAAAAUCAAGGCAGGAACAUUUGUCUGUGAGCCAGUGAUUGUUGUUCGCCGAUCGGGCAUGAGUGGAAGUCAAUUGUGGACCGUGGCGCAACUGGAGAACAAACUAAUCGAUAUGAGGGAAAUGUAUAAUGAUAAGAUAAACGGUGUACCGAGAGUACCAUCAUGUACAUCAAGUCCUGAAAGCUCUCCCUCUCGCUCCCUACCUCCGUCAUCUCCCGAUGAAGUUAUGAUCGAUCCAUUUUUCGAGAGUCAGGAACAUCAUAAUCUGAUCGGUGUUGCCAAUGUUUUCCUCGAAGUGUUGUUCCAUGAUAUGAAACUCGACUAUCAAGUUCCUAUCAUCUCGCAUCAGGGUGAGGUUGCCGGCCGCCUUCAUGUACAAAUCUAUAGGGUUCCAAGUGAAUCUGAUGGAAUUCAGUCACCUGACCGGGAAUUCAAUGAAGGCCUGGAACGUGCUGAAGGACUGUUGGGCAAAGUGAUCACUUGUAGGGUGCGACAGCAGGAGGACGUGGCCACCGGUGGAGUUCAUCAACUCAAACAAGGCCAGCAAAGACGACUCGUUGUGGGUUUGUCGCUUCCUCAGCACGGUGCCGGUCUACCCCUCGGCAUAGACACGAUUACAAGUGUUAGUAUCGGAUGUGUAUGUGUAUCUGAAGCGGGUGAUCGAAGAAUGUUCGACAGUUACCAGGAAGAAGAUCUCGAACGAAUACGCGCUCAAUGGACUUUGGCACUGCAGAGUCGGCAGAAGUACCUUGAACAGCAACUAGACUCGCUGUGUUCCAAAACCGCCAAAUGUGAAGCAGAGCUCGAACGUGAGCACUCGUUAAUGGGACAGUGGAUUUCAUUAACGGAAGAACGUACGGCUGUUCGCAUAAAGAAGGCCUCCUCGUUACCUGAAUCUUUGUCGCACUUCGUCUUUUGUCAGUACUCCUUCUUCAAUCUGUCCGAAAUGCUCGUUGUUGCUCCUGUAUUUGAUCCAGCCGAAGCGUCCGAGACUCAAACACAAGCGACUACAUUUGUGUUCGACCAUGAAAAGGAUUUCAAAGUCGUGGUUACGGAAGAGUUCCUCGAGUAUGUGCAGGACGACGCUUUGUCAAUUGAAGUUUGGGGUCACCGAAACGGUGGCGCUCUAGAAAUGGGCGAACCAAGACUCGAUGCCGAGGAGAAGAACAAGAUUCCUCCUCCUGGUGUAGAAGAGCACGUGCCGGUGUUGUUUUUGGAUUUGAAUUCGGAUGACAUGACGGGAGAGAUGACAAGUGAUGAGAACACUCCUCGCAUUGCGGGUUUGCAUUCAUUUUUGCCGAAAGAGGAAAGUGGAGGUCCUUUGAUCAUGCUCCCAAUUGUGCACUUCGAUGACAAGGAGUUGAUUGCAACCUGCUCCUGGGACAGUUCAAUACACGAUCAUCCGGCGCUGAACGUUCCUUCGUCUUCUAACGAGAAAGUCUAUGCCAUAGUUAAGGUCGGUGUACGUCUCUCACAUCCGUGUUCCAUGGAAUUAGUUCUUCGCAAACGGGUUUGUCUCAAUAUUUACAAGAAGGCUAGUCUUACGGAUCGUAUUCGGAAACGAAUCGUUGGAUCAGAGACACUACAUCGUACUGCUGUGUAUUAUGACGUCGUUGCACAUCUGCCCAAGUCUUCCCACGACAUGGAGGAACGAUCCUCAUUAGCGCUGAUGGCCGCUCGUCAUACAACAUCAUCCGAAGAUGAGCAACCCGUUGGUAACGAAGGCGGCAGGCAUUCGAAUCGGCAGCUGAGCUACAUCGAAGCAUAUACGAAGUCAAUCCAAGCGGUAGAGUCGAUGUUGAAACUCGAUCGACUGCGACAAGAGGUGGCAAUUACCAACAUGCUAAGCAGGAGAGAAAGACAACAACGACUUUCUCACUUCGGAAUUCCAAGUCAAUCAUUCCGAAUGAAGCGUGCUGUUAGUCUCCCGAAUACCAUUUCAUUGCCCCUCAAUCAAUUGUCGAUGGCAUCACGACAGGGCGAGGCAAUUGGUGAGCACCACCGCCCUCCUGUAACAACGGCAACUUCGGAUACGCCGAUGUCGAUGUCGACGACGUCGAUGGUGACUAGUCUGAUAAGCCCGCUCAAUGAGAAGUUAUGUGGUAUAGAUGAGGAGAUCUGUACAAAAAACGAGAUGCUUCCGGUUCGUUCAUCAACGGUUCCUGAAACACUGAACACUACCACAGGCGGAGAUGCGGCGUACACGUCUGAUGUUCGAAAUGGCAAUCUCUCCGUGACAUCUGUUCUUACACCUCUUCGAUAUUGA